AAUGAUCAUUUUUGUUUUUAUUUUAAAAAACAAGAGUCGCAUUUUUGUGCCGUGGAGGUCCCAAACGGCUUCCAUCUCACGGAAUCAGCCAGUAGCCGUUGACGGCUCUUUAGGUGACGGAUCGAGUCCAACUAUUACAAUUUUCUUUCCCCCCCUUUUCAUUUAUUUUUGGGAGAAAAAAAGAAAAGGAGUGCAAUCUCAGGGCUCACCAUACUCAAUGAGCGGACAGCGCAAUGUCAGAGCGCUCUGGGCAAACUGCAAAGGGGAAGGAAGGCAAAACCAAGUAUGCGUCUCUCAACCUGUUUGAUACAUACAAAGGAAAGAGCCUUGAAACACAAAAGCCUGUUGUUCCCCCCCGCCAUGGCCUGCAAUCUCUUGGUAAAGUUGCCUCCGCACGGCGUAUGCCACCCCCUGCCAACCUGCCCAGUCUGAAGGCAGAGAACAAAGGCAACGAUCCCAACGUCUCGCUCGUUCCCAAAGACGGCACAGGAUGGGCAAGCAAACAGGAACAAGCGGACCCAAAGAGUACCGAUGCAUUGUCAGUACCGCAGCCGGAAUCGCAGCAGCCUGUGGCUUCACCGACACCUGCACCGACCCGCCCGAGAACCCCGCCAGCUUCAGAGCCUCUGGCUCCAGCUUCAACCCAGGCCGUAGGGGCAAGGUCCUGGGCACAGGCCAGUGUUACACAUGGAAUACAAGGGGAUGGUGGAAAGGCAUCAAACCUACAGUCGCCAUUCUCUCGCGAGGAAUUUCCCACCCUGCAGGCGGCUGGCGAACAGGACAAAGUUGGCAGAGAACAGGGCACUGCAGAUCAGUGGUAUGGGCCCGGACCAAGCCUCCGCCCCCAGAACGUCACAAGCUGGCGGGACGGUGGGGGCCGAGCCAUGGCGCCCACCCUGCCUGGGGAGGGGGCAGUGGAGGGUGGCACUGGUGGGGCUCUGGUGAUGGAUGGGGCAGCUGGGGUCCCCCCUCCGAACUCUCAGUCCCACGGGCCACCUAGGAACCCUCCCGCAGGCAGCCCCGCCUUGCCCCUGCCCCAGCCCCCUGUGGGGCCUGGGUUCCCCCAAUACCGAGGGAUCAUGCCUCCCUUCAUGUAUCCUCCCUACCUGCCCUUCCCGGCCCCCUAUGGCCCUCAGGGGCCCUACAGGUACCCAGCACCUGGGGAAGGGCCUGCUCCAAGGUUUUCUCGUGGUCCUGACAGCAGGCCUCAGGGCGGCCCACGUGACGCAGGUGGGGAGGUGGUGAAGCGACCCUCUAUCCUCAAGCAGGAUGACCUGAAGGAGCUAGACGAGCUGGACCACGACGGAGACGAGGGCUGGGCAGGGGCUCAUGAGGAGAUUGAUUACUCCGCCAAGUUGAAGUUCAGUGAUGAUGAAGGAGAGGAAGAGGGGGAAGAGGAGAGAGCCGAGAGCAAGAAUGAUGAACAGCAGAGGACCCAGGAUGCCCCCCCUGCAACCUCUCGCUCUCGAGCCUCAGACAGUGGUGGGGACAGCCGCCGCACUCCCCCCUCUAAUGCUGACAAUGGCCCCCAACCCCCCUCCAGCAAGCCAGGAUGGGCCGAGGAGGGAGGCAGCAGCUGGGGCGGCCAGGGAGCACCAACUAACUACCAGGGGCGCAGGCCUGGAUUGGGUGGUCCCCGGGAGCAGCCCUCCCCCCCACCUGGGCCGCUCCUUGGACAAGGGCCCUACUCCUUUUAUCGACAGGACCGGCCACAAAAUCAGGGUGCCCCUCAAGGCCCUGGGAAACCUGUCCCCGCUCAGAUUCAGCCAGCACCAGGAGGCCCUUCUCCUCCAGCCCAGCCGGGGCUGCUGGUCCCUGGGCCCCAGGAGAAUGAUGAGGAUGAGACUUGGCGUCAGCGCAGGAAGCAGUCCUCCACUGAGAUCUCCGCUGCUGUGGAGCGAGCCCGUCGACGCCGCGAGGAGGAAGAACGUAGGAUGGAGGAGGAAAGACGUGCAGCCUGCGCAGAGAAGCUGAAGAGGCUGGAUGAGAAGCAGCAACAACAGCAGGUCACCAACGUAGGAGGUGGUAGCAGCAGUAAAAGCCCCAGCCUCGAUGGAAACUCUACAGCUGCCACAGCAGGCAGCCCAAGUCCAUCUAUUUCAGCCUCUGCCUCCUCCCCCAACAUCAGCCAGCCCCCGUCCCCCUGUGUGGACCCCGAGGAGCCUCCAGUACUGGUUGUCCAGCCGGGGUCCAGUCCUGGAGUCGGUGAGCGACAGCGAGCCAGCAGCAACAGCAGCUAUGACUCCAGUGCAGAAGCCCAACAGUGUCCCCAGCCAGCUGUUUUGCAGCCACCGCAGCCCACGCUGGACAUACCUUUACCAGGAGAGAAUAAGGAAGAGACCAUGGGCAGUCCGCACAUUCGUGCAGGAAGUGGAGGUGAAAGAGGAGUUGACCCAGUGAAGAUUGAGAGUAUCGGAGGGGGAGCUGGUCGUCAAGCCAGUGGUCCUCCUGGCCAGGGUUACUCAAAGUACCAGAAGUCCCUUCCACCUCGAUUCCAGAGGCAACAGCAGGAGCAGCUCCUGAAGCAGCAGCAGCAGUGGCAACAGCAGCAACAACAGCAGCACAGCCAGGCGUCUCAGAGCCAGCUGUCCCCCCAGCCCCAGGCUCCACAGGGUCCUUCACCAGGUUCCACACCCCAGCCUGGACCUGGACCCAAGCAGGGUGGACCCAUGUAUCAGCCCAGCAAUAUGGUCCGACCCCCGCCCUUGCCGAUGAAUUUCGACCCCCGCUGGAUGAUGAUGCCCUACAUGGACCCCCGCAUGAUCCAGGGCCGGCCUCCGCCUAUGGACUACUAUUCUGCAGGCAUGCACCCAUCUGGGCUUAUUGGGCGUGAGCGGUCUGAUUCAGGUGGAUCUGGUUCAGACCCCUUUGACAGGCAGCAACAGCAUCCGGGGCACCCUCACCGUGGGACUCCCCCUAUGGAGCCGAAGCUGGCCUGGGGGCAAGAGGUAUUCCCUGGCGGAGGAGAGGGUCGUGGACUAACAUCCCCCCUCAGGCAGAAGCAGGCGCUGGAGGAUGACGAUGUGGCCAAAGGGCCCAGGAGCGACACUCCUCCGCACCGCAUGCGAGAGGGUGGAUUGGGACCCAUCCAGCAGCCCAGCUCCACCUCUGGGACAUCCAAUCAGACUCCACCUCCAGUCGGCACUCAGGUUGCGGCCCAGGGAGGCGGCCACCACCCUCAUCACUACAUGGGUGGACGGGGCAACUACAGCAACUUCCCUGACCAGGGGGCGAGGAUGCAUCCCCACCAACAGCAGCAGAGGGCGGAGAGGGGAAGUCAGCCACAUGGCUACACCCACCAGGAUGAAGGGCCUCCACGAGGGUCCCAGCAAGGACAGAUAUGGGGAGCCCCGCACCCUCACUACGAUCGCAACGGUCGUGCCGAUCACCCGCCUGUUGAGAGCAACUCUCAUCUCCACCACCAUCACAGCCACCACCCUCAGCAGCCCCACUUCCCUCUCCACCCUCAUAAAUCAGAAAACAGCAGAGACAGGGUCGUUGAGGCCCCAGCUAAGAAGACAGACUCUUCUCCGCCAAUCCACCAACCCUCCCUCUCAUCCUCCUGCUCUUCCUCCUCGUCCUCUUCUGCCAGGGAAGAUGGAAAUGUCAAAGGCGCGCUGCAUCAUCACCCAUCGCAGAGAGAGGGUGAAGCCGGUGUCGGGCACAGUCAUGUUGAAAGAGGCAGUGGCGGCGGGGGCAGUAGCAGCCAUGUGAAACAGGAGAAAACAGGCUCGGCUUAUGCUCCCCAUUCCUCCAUGACCGCGAGCCCACCUCCCUCUCAACAUGGCAGUCACACUCAGCCGCAGCAGCACCCUCAUCCUAAAUCAAACCAAAGAGGGGGACGGGAGCACAAGACAGAGACACAGUGGGGCCCACGGCCUGGCAGCAAUACGGGUGGAGGGUCCUCUCAUGGUAGAAGGGCCAACAAUGCAGGAGGUGGAAACAACUCCCGUGGAGGGGAGGACUCCUCCAACGCUCCGUCAGACCACAAACCCUCCAACCAGACAGGAGGCGGCAAUGCCAACAAGAGGGCCGGCCCCAUUAAGAAACCGGUGUUGAAGGAGAUGAAGAGAGACGGAGCGGAAGGUGACGGAGGAGAAAAAACAAGCUUUGGGAAAGAGAAAGAGAAAGAUGGUGGCCAAACUAGCUCCAUGAAGCAGGAAGCUUCCUCCACCUCCCAGAACACAUCAGCUCCAUCUAAAGAAGAGCCCGCCCAGACGGCCAAACCCAGGAAUGGAGGAAAAGAACGAUCCUCAGGAGGAGGAGGCGGAGGAUCUGGUAGAGGGCCCAAAGACGUAGACGCCACCUCUUCAGGAUUUUCAGGGUCCUCCUCCAGGAGGGACAGAGACCGCUCCUUUGAGAGAGGAGGGGGCCCAUCCCACCACCAUGGAGUCCCCGCCAAAGGCAGCAGAGCCAGUCGAGGACGAGGAGGAGAGUUCUAUGGGCGUGGCCGUGGUUACCGCGGCACUUACACGGCCGCUGCAGGACCCACUGGUGGCAGUCGAGGCAGAAUGGGUGGCAGGAGUGGUAGAGACUACCGUUCAUCUGUUGGUGGUGGCCACCACCAUGAGCCCAAGGGCGAGGGAGGCAGUGGCAGGCACGGACAGGACCGGUCCCAACAUAACCCGGCCAGGGCGAGGAACAGAAGUGAAACCCGCAGUGAGGGUUCAGAGUACGAGGAAAUCCCCAAGAGAAGGAGGGAGAGAGGUUCAGAGACUGGCAGUGAGAGCGGUGCAAGUGACCUCGGUCACUCAGACAAAGAAGAACACCAGAAACCCAACACCAAGAACGGCUCCGAUAAUGCCAACGCCAGUGGCGGCGGCAACUUGUCAACUGCUCCACCCAGAGGUUCCCAGGCCCGGGUCUUCACCCCCAGAGGGGUGCCCUCUAGGAGGGGCAGGGGAGGAGGAAGUGGAGGAGGAAACAUGUACAGAAGUGGUGGCAAUGUUGGAGGACAACCUGGGGGACACCGGGUCGGACCCAACGUCGCCUCGCACGGUGGGCCUUCCAAGUCAUCAGCGUCAGCGAGAAAGCAGCAAGGCCCGCCGCAAACUUCUGGACCCAAAGACGUGGGCAGGGGAGGAAAUGGAGGAGAGAAGAAGGACAAGAUGGCUGAUGCAAGUCAAACUCAAAGUCAGGGGUCCAAUCCCCCUCAGCCAUCUCUGCCCGCUGCGACCCCCGCCACUUUAUGUUCCACUGAAAACGGAGGAGUUGUGACCCAGCAAGCUUUAACCAACCCUACGCCAAACUCUGGAGGGCCAAACACACUCCCUCUUCCUGCUAACCGUGGGUUCCCUCCCAGUGGGUUUGAACGACCACCUCGACGUCGCCGUCACGGGCGGUCCCAGCACCAGCAGGACAAGCCCCCCCGCUUCCGGAGACUGAAGGAGCGAGAGAAUGCUGCACGCAUCAACGGAGGAGUGGGGGUCAUCGGGGGAGGAAGGCCCUCCUCUCCUUCUCUGAAUUCAGUUCAGGACAGUAAUGGCGCCCCCAUCUCUGCCCCUGUGACGGGUAAUGCCCAGAAUGCGAACCACAACACCACACUAACAACCAACAGUAACAGUGGCGGCGGGCAUCUCGGCAACGCAAACAGUCACCACCAUCACCACUACAACCAGGGCAACGCUGGGCAGACCCACCCACAGCACCACCACAGCCAUGGAGCAAAGUCCCCGGACUUCACCAACCAGAACUCGGACCAGGCCAACGAGGAGUGGGAGACUGCCUCCGAGAGCAGCGACUUCACUGAGUUCAGAGACAGGGAGGGAGGCGGAGGAGGGAAGUCCUAUUCUUCUCACCAUCCGCACCACCUGGGAAGGGGUGGAGGGGUCGGCGGAGGUGGAGGUGGAGGCGGAGGCGUGGUCGACCGCGACAUGGCAGGAAAAGAGCCCUCGGCUAAUAAAAGAAGCUUCUCGAGCCAGCGCCCUGGCAUGGAGCGACAGAACCGGAGGGUCAACCCCGGAGGAGGGGGAGGAGGUGGAGGGGGAGGGAGAGGCCCACGAGGGCCACCGGGUGGCGGCUCCGGUGGGCCUGGUAACGGAGGCGGCAACCGUGGGGAGAGGCGUGGCAACUGGCCCUCCCCAAAAAAUAGGAAGUGAUUUCAAAACAUUUCAGAUGAACCCCACCCACAUUAAAUCCACCCUCUUGCAUCUUAACCCCUUUUUGAUAAUUAUUUCAUGGCUUAUCUGUUGGCAUCCCUCAACAUGUUAGUGCAUUGUACAGUGUAUGGAGAUGGUAUUCACACUCACGUUAGAGCCCCGCCCGCCCCAUCACCUCUUUCCCCUUCGCAUCAAUCUACUAUCUACCGUCCGUUAUUGUAAAUUUCUCCGUUUGUUCCGUCUUGCUCUCUGUUCUCCCUUCCCCUCCCACAAUAAUCUCACCCCAGUCGGAUUUGACAAGCAUGUGGUUUUGCAAAAGGGAGGGGCACGUUGUUUCUGACAGAAGACAUUCACACAGAGCUCCACACACACUCGCAUAUACAAGCACAAAUACGACAUCUUUACCAACACGCUGAACACAUGCAGUCAUGUGGGUGCAAAAACGAGAAAAAAAACUUGGGAUUCAAAUUUGGCGAAAAUGUUUGGAUUGGGCUAUUUUUUAUAUUUAUGUACCUGUGUAUAUUUCUACCACACUUUGGCCUUGGGUGGUAUUCAGUAGUGCAGAUCUGCAUUACUUCCCUCUCACAAAGGGAAAGAGUGCAGCUUCAUCUUUUAACAAGAACAAUGUACCAUAAAAUGUUUUUGUUUUCUUUGUGUAUUUUUUUUUUCGGGCAUGUGUCAGAUUCAGCCUCUGGGAAAUGUUAGAGGUGUGUUUUUUCUUCUAAAAAAGCAGGUCAUUAAAAAUACCUUUUUACUAAAUUCCCCAAUUCCUCCUUUUGCUGACUUCCUGCAAACUAAGUCUCUGAUUACUGUGAUAAGAACCCAUUGAAGUACUACUGCUCAGUGCUCACCUACACUUUGCAUUGAUUUGUCUUUUAAUAUCAAUGUUUCUGCUGCUUGUUCAGAUAGACAGUGUGAUUUUUUUUU